AUGCCGCUUUCCGACUUGCCAAUUGAUAUACUUGCAAGAGUACUUCCCAUUGAAAAACACCUAGUUGAUCUACCCCACCGUAUACUACUUCCUUGGCUCAAUUUGAUGCCUCAAAAACGAUGCUUUAGAAUAUUGGCUGAGAGUGGAAUUGGUGCUUUUAAGCGGCAUGGAAAAAACAGAGACAGAUUACGAAUUGUGAGUAUUCCAGAAACUUCAAAAGGCAUUGACAUAGGUAACUUUACCCACAUAUUGACCUACUGGGACCAAUUGAGUGCAAAGUUCUUUUGUAAAAUUUUUAUCAAUUUUGGAGAUGAACAGAAUUUAAGCAUUAAGUAUCAUAGAGAAUAUAUCAUAUUCAACUACACCAUGGUCAAAGAUCUUGUAAUCAAAUAUGUGGGGUUCCUUCGUUUUGUGCUGCAUGGACAGCUAGAAAGGGUUCUCAUUUAUAUGUCUAUGGGUUUUUUGAUGUUGAAAUACAGUAAUACAUCUCAUGAAGUCGUAUCCUUUUCGUAUCCUUCUGCAUUUUUUGAUAUACAUGUAGCUACUACAACUUACAUCAAGAUGAGGAACAAAGACUGA